CAAUCCGACGAGCAGGUCCAAAUUCACUUCCAUCGAAUGGGAGACCGUCGAACGUAACUGCGACUCAACUUGAAUGUCGUCGCCGUGGCCUUUUUGGGACCUGCCCACGUGAUCAUGGCACUCUCCGUGUAAAAGGCCGGAGGCGACAAAAUUUUCUUUUCAUCUCUUCCCACUUAACUCUCAUCAUCCCAUCCCUCCCUCUUCCCAUCAACGAAAAUGGCCGAGAACAAAAGGGUCAAGACACCUCAGGAUUUUGCUAUCGACUUCCUUAUGGGUGGUGUGUCUGCUGCUGUCUCGAAGACUAGUGCAGCACCCAUCGAGCGGAUUAAGUUGCUGGUUCAGAAUCAGGAUGAGAUGAUUAAGCAAGGUCGUCUCUCCGCUCCCUACAAGGGUGUUGGUGAUGCCUUCGCUCGAACCUACCGUGACGAGGGACCCCUCGCGCUGUGGAGAGGUAACACCGCCAACGUUAUCCGGUACUUCCCUACGCAGGCUCUUAACUUCGCCUUCAAGGAUUACUUCAAAUCUCUCUUCGGCUUCAAGAAGGAGGCUGGCUAUUGGAAGUGGUUCGCCGGUAACGUUGCUUCCGGUGGUGCUGCUGGUGCUUCCUCUCUCCUGUUCGUGUACUCAUUGGACUACGCGCGUACCCGUCUUGCCAACGAUGCCAAGUCAGCGAAGAGUGGAGGUGGUCGUCAGUUCAAUGGUUUGGUCGAUGUCUACAGGAAGACCCUUGCAUCUGAUGGUAUCGCCGGCCUCUACCGUGGCUUCAUUCCUUCCGUCGUCGGUAUCAUCGUGUACCGUGGCCUCUACUUCGGUGUCUACGACUCCCUUAAACCUGUCGUUCUCGUUGGCGCACUCGAGGGAUCCUUCUUAGCUUCUUUCGCUCUCGGAUGGGGUGUUACGAUCGGUGCCGGUCUUGCUUCGUACCCUCUGGACACUAUUCGUCGUCGUAUGAUGAUGACGUCCGGCUCUGGUGUCAACUACAAGUCGAUGUUUGAUGCUGGUUCUCAGAUUAUUGCCAAGGAAGGUACGAAGUCGUUGUUCAAGGGAGCUGGUGCCAACAUUCUUCGUGGUGUUGCUGGUGCUGGUGUCCUCUCGUUAUACGACGUCUUCCAAAAAAUGAUGUUUGGCAAGAUCUACUCCGGCGGAUCUGGUUAAUUGAGCUCCAGGUGUCUUGGAUUGUUGCUACUAUACCUUUGUUACGGUAUUUGGUCGUUAUUCCUCCGAUAGAACUCCUUUAUCUUUAUGUUUUGGUGGGUAUUCCGAGCAUUACCUUAGCAUUAAACGACCUACUGCAGAAUGCAAUGGAUACUCUAAUUCAAUUGAUGUGGUGUGGUUUUGUGUGCAAU